CACACACACACACACACAGACAUAAUCGCGCACACGUACAGUAGUUACUGUACUUGCUGAGUGGGCCAAUAAUAGAGGGGGGGAAUCAACAUUCCAUUAAACAUUCCUCUUGGGGGACUGUCCUGCCUGAAGCAUCGCGAAGUUUCCUGCAAUUCUGUAUUUUGGUGGCAGCAGGCAGCCAGCAGCUACCCGUGGAGGCAAGUCCAAGAAAGGUGGAGACUCCUGGUUAACUUCCUGCACAAUAAUCUUGUAGCACCACCAAGAGAGAAGUAGGGAGGCUGGCGCUGCUGCUGCUUGGGCUAGGGCGAAUGGAUAUACGGCUCACUUGACUUCUUUAUCGGCAGUGAAUCGACAAAAAACACUUUGUGUCGAUUAUACACAUCUACCUGGCUUGUCGCUAGCUAGCAGCGAAGCUGCUGGAUAAGAGAUUCCCAACAUUCGAUAGCGAGGCGUUGCGAAGGACAGGAAUGGAGGUCGUGGUGGAGUACGAGUAUGAAGCGCUCCAUGAUGACGAGCUGACCCUGCGACUAGGCGACAUCAUCAAGAACGUGCGGCAUAUAGAGGAGGAUGGCUGGAUGGAGGGAGACCUCAAUGGGAAAAGGGGGCUCUUCCCUGACAACUUUGUGAAGGAGUUGAAGAAGGAAUCCAAAGAGGUCAAGGAAGCAAAGAAUGAGCCAAAAGAGGAGGCCUCUCAGCCUACAAGGAGAGAGAAGAGCGCAGGAAACGUGGCCAAUCUGGUUCAGAGGAUGAGCACUAUCGGGAUCCCGACUGGUGGCUUCCUGCCUCAGCCACCAGCAGCUUCAAAGAAGCCUAAGAAGAGACAGUGCAAAGCUCUGUUUGAUUAUCAGCCGCAGAACGAAGAUGAACUAGAGCUGAAAAUCGGUGACAUCGUUGACAUCAUUGAAGAGGUUGAAGAGGGCUGGUGGAGUGGAAACUCAAACGGCAAGUCAGGACUGUUCCCCUCCAACUUCGUUAAAGAGCUGGACACCAUGACAGAGGACGGAGAGUCCAACGAGACCACGGCAGAUGAGACUGAUGGAAGUGGAAUGGAAAGCACUACCACCCCCACAUCGCCUCCGCCUGCCUCAGGGAACGGAGUUAUCGCUCAGCCCAAGAAGAUCCGAGGUGUCGGCUUCGGAGAUAUUUUCAGUCAAGGGUCGGUCAAGCUAAAGGUCCGCCUGCCCAGCCCCGAAACAGAGGAGAGGAAGGAUAAACCAGUCCCAUCAUUACCAUCUGCUGCAAAGCCCGCCCAUCCCAACAUGACAGACUCACAGAGAGCAGACGGAGACAGCAAACCCAAAGCUAAGGAGUACUGUAAGGUCACGUUUUCUUUUGAGGCCACAAAUGAGGACGAGCUGAGCCUGAAAGAGGGCGAUAUCAUCCACAUCCUGAGCAAGGACACAGGAGAGCCUGGCUGGUGGCGAGGAGAGAUUGGUGGCAAAGAAGGGGUUUUUCCUGACAACUUUGUGUCCUUGAUUUCUGAAGCAGAGAAAGAGUCUUCCACGUCAAGAGGGUCAGUGAAGUCAUCACCGAAGCCAGAGUCAGAGGAGAAACCAAAGAAGCCGCCUCCGCCAUCAAAAAUCAUAGCUCUCAAACCUGAGGUUCCCAGUGCCGACAAGAAACCUCAUCCCCCCAGGACAGAGGACAGAGUUGACAAGUCUACACCAGAUCACAAACCAUCCAAGCCUGCAGCACCAGUGGUCCCACCUAAGAAGCCGAUCCCCCCACCAGGGAAAAGCAGACAGGGAAGCAUCCCACCCAAGAGGCCGGACAAGCCUCUCAAUCCUUCGCCAAACCUCAAACACAAUGGAGAGGUGCCUUCCACGCGACCAAAGUCCGACUUUGAGCCAUCGUUGCCCAUCAAACCCAAGACACUGUCUGGAGACUGGGGGGAGAAGUCCUCGGAUAUGGCAGAUCUGAUGAGUUUUGAUGACUUGUCGUCUACCUCAGAGAAGCUCUCUCACCCGACUGCUAACAGACCAAAGAUGCCUGGCAGGAGGCUGCCUGCCCAGUUUGGUGGAGGACAGUCGCCCAACAAGGAAGUGAGUGUGGAAAAAUCCUUCAAGAUGGAUGAAGAGGAUGCAGCCAAACCAAAGCUAACAGAAACCAGAAAGCCUUCCACAAACACAGUAACCCCGUCAACAUCUCUCCAAAAGCCCGCCACGGCCAGCGCCGAGACCAAGCCGAGCCCCGCAGCAGCCCCGAGCUCAAACAGCGUCUCUCAGAGCAGCAAGGUCCGGUUGGAGCCUGAGGAACCGAGUUCCCAACUAGAUGAGCUGAGGAGCCAGAUGAAGGAUCUGCUGCUGUCUGUGGAGCUGCUGAAGGCCCAGCAAAUGAAAGAGAUAGCAGAGCUACGACGAGAGCUGGAUGAGGAGAGGCUAAAGCGCGUGGCCCUGCAGAUGGACAUAGAAAAACUAAAGCGGACCGUCCACUCGACGUGAAGCUCAUGCUGCAAACAACAGCAAGCCUCAAAAGGUCAGCUGCUUGGCCUGUCGACCAAUCAGAGAGCAGGAGGGCGGAGACGGACGGAUAGUUGAACGGACGGAGAGAGGGUGGGGAAUCAAAUGAACCACCUCAAGCACAAUCCUUUUUCAGUCAUCUACAAAACUAAACUCUCCCCAUAUUUGUAAGAUUUACAUUUUGCACAUAUAUUUUUUUUUUCAAGCUAGAUGUAAUUAAGUUACAGAUGUAUAUGUUUCUCUUUUUUUCUUUUUUUUUUUUUUUUUUUGCCAACACAAGAAAACUGAGGCCUUACUUCAAACUACUGCGCCGGACUUGUAACUCUGCCACUCAUGCUCUCUCUCCCCUUCACUCCGGCGUUCCUCGAACUCCUCGGGGAGGAGGUUCCCUCUCAUUACUACUGACUUUGUAUAAAGCAGGGGGCACUUGUUUUCCUCGCCUAAUUUUCUUUCUCAUAUUUUUUAUAAUGCACAAAUAGUUGAUUUUAAAAAGUUUGAUUUCAGUUAACUUUGGAUCCUUACUGCAAAUUAUUUCCUUUCCUUCCUUCCGGCGCCUGUCAGCAGUACUCCACUCUAUGGCUGCAGAGCUUCAGAGAGAGCCCUGCUUUUCUUUUUUCUUUGUCUUUUAUAUGUUUUCUAGCAUUCCUAUCCAGGGUAACACUACUGUGCCUGUUAGAAACAAAAUUCUAUUAAGUGUUUGUAAUGGGAGCUUAUAUUUACCACGAUGGUGUCUGGAAAAUCUGCAGCAUGAUAUUGUAUAUCUAUAUUUUUUAAGUCUACUGACAUGCUUAGUCAAAUACUAUAUAGAGGACCUCUUCUAUGCUGGUCUCUUCUAUUUUUGUCAAACUGUUUCACCCACUGGGAAUGUUCUCAGAAUUUAAGCCAGAGAGUCUGCAGAUAAUGCAGACAGCCUCCACUUGCAAAAAAGGAAAACCUGAAGAGAAGAGAAAGGAAGUUGUUGCAUUCCUCCAUCAACAAGUUUGCUAACCAACACGUUGGCACAUUUAUGAAAAAGGCAGCCCUGUUAGGAUCAUCUCUGUUAAUCUGGCCAUCAUCCCUCUAAUCCCUGCUGUGGUCCAUUCUACCUCUUUCUCUCCUUUCUCCCAUCCUUCUUUGAUUCAAAGUGAAAGGAGCCCUGACUUUCUGCUCCAUUAUGUGUUAUGCAUGAGCCUGCACAGCACUCAUCAGUCAUCCUUUCAUUAUUGUACAUGCAUCUGCCUGUCUUCAUAUCUACAUAUCAUAUCUUUACCCACAUUCCAAGUAUACAAGUUAAGCUAACUGGAAGCACACAGUGGAGCCUAGAAAUAAUAAUGAAAUAAACUCUUGUUCUCCUUAUUCUAACUCUGUUGGAGGAGCAAAAACUUAAAGCCCCUAUGUGUAGAAUUUUUGAGUGUAUAUUCCUAUCAAAUUAUUCUCUUGGUAGAUGUUUGAAACAAUGCCGCUGAAAAUUGGCAAAUAUAUUGAUUGGAUGAACAUUGGUACUGACAUUCAUGGUCCCCAAAGGAAGAAUUUGAUCCACUGAGUUUUCAUGUUACACUACCAACAGGUCAAAGUUUUGAAUUAUCCAGUGAAAUAUCUCAAUAUUUAGCAGGUGCACUGGGCCAAAGUUUGGUACAGACAUUUAUCAUCAUGUGUGAUGUAUUUGGUCCAUGUACAUAACAGCCAGUUGAUUUUCGUUUUGGAUUGGGAAAACACUGAUGAGCGUUGAACAGAUGACAAGCCUUUUCACAUUUUUUGUUUUAGAAUAAGGACCAGACCUGAAAAAUUAGCCAUUUUCUAAUUUUCGUUUUGGAACAAUGAAAUUGGAAAGAAAGAAUGACUAAUUUUAUGUUAACACAGGGAAAAUGUCGACACACAUUUAAUUUAUUUCUUAUGUUUUGGCCCUUAAAAGUCACCCAAUGAACAUUAGCAGAGGAUCUCUGUAAACCAGCACAGUCCUUUUCUGUUCUGCCCAGCUAAGCUAGCCUUAGCUAGCUAUUUUUGCCCACCUCUGGUGAAAACAGUAGAGCAAGAAACAGCCUGCUAUGAGCCCAGAUUUUCAGUCAGUCCUCCUUCUUUUUGCUGCCCAAAAUGGCGAAAAUAGCUACCUCAUCUGUUUUCACCUUAGCGAGGCAAAGAUAGCUAGCUAAAGCCAGUUAUAUGCACCCUAGCUGGGCAGCACAAAAAAGUACUGUGAGAGAUCCUGUGCUAUCGUUCAUUGGGUGACUUCCGGGCAAAAUAAAAACACUUUAAUGCAGAACGAUGGGAAAACAGCUUGUUUUUUGUUUACAGUGUUUUUUUGCAAAAUGAACAACAGGAAAGUGUUGUCAUCUGUUUGCAGUUUUCCCACUCCAAAAUGAAAAUCAGUUGGAUAUGUCCUGAUUCCUUAUCAAGCACUAAGCACCACCAUCAAGUCCAAAUUUUAGAGUAGCAUUAACACUGUGUGUUUCACAGUGUUUCACUGCUUUUUCCGGGUGAUGGUCACCUGUGACACUGAUACUGGGUAACCACACCUCACAGUGAUGUCACGGUGUACUCACACACCCUAGAGUACACCUCUACAUGAUUUAACAAAUUAAAUGAAUCUGACCAAGAUAUGCUCUGAGGUGAACAUUUUACAGUUAAAAAAAAUGAACUUGUUAGUGCGGUCUUUGGUCACACUUACCUAAACAUAUUUUUGGAGGAUGUUAACAUUUAGAUCAUAAGUAUAGUCUCACACAGCUGCUAGAAUGACUGAGUCUUUGUCUUGUUUCAUUCUACUGCUGAGUCACACAUAGAGGCUUUGAGAUGUAGCUCAUUAACAGAAUAUAAGAUGCUUACUGUCCAUUUUCUCUCAGUACAGAACUACUGCUACACCUCAGCACACUAAUCGUUGUUGUAAUACUGGUAUAUCUGAAUUCUUACCACUGCUAGCAGGGGUCAGGGCUGCAGAGAUGAAGAGCACAGUGCCAGUCAAACUAAUGUAAUGUAGGAUGUGAAUUUCCCUCAGUAAUGUCUAACUUUUAUCUCUGAGCUCUGAGUGUACAGUGUGUAGCUCUGUGCUGAUAACUAGCUUAUCUCAGCGUUGAGAUGCUUGAGAAACUGAACAGUAAGUUACAAGUAUAACCCUCUCUGGCCUCUGUACCGGUCAGAGGGAUAUUUUAGCCCUAUUGGUCACAAUAUUAACAACAGAUUUCAUUUCCAAUUCCUAUUUUUUCAUUGUUGCUGUUGUUUUUUUGUUUUUUGUUUUUUUUAAAUCAUCCUCAGGCUGAUUCCAUGUGUCUGAUGUGUGGGCAUGUGCUUUUGCUGGUGUCCACUUGCAUAAACAUUCAUGUGCAACAGUGUCCAUGAUGCUAAAAUCUGGACUCCAGAGUGCUUUGACCAAGUGGAUGCCGUAUAUCUGACCUUAAUGAGCAUGGCGCUCAUGAAGUAUGUCGAUGCCUGACGUAAAACAAACUUCCUUUUAGCACACAACUCCUUAAAAGUAUGGCUGGGCAAUGAAAUAAUUACAAUGUGGGAAAGAGCGAGGGUGGGUGGGUGGAUGGAUGGGGGUUUAGGUGACAGCUCUUUGUGUAAUAUCUGUAAUGCGGCUUAACUUCCACAUAUUGUACAUUCCAGUUUGACACCAAGAAAAAAAAAUCUGUGCACAUUUAUAACAUAUUUUCAAGUGAUUUUGUUUACAAGAGCUGUAUCCUUGCAUGAGCUGAGAUUCUUUUCAAAAAUGAAUAAAUAUCUUUAUUUACUGUCACAGACUCAA